AUGGCCGCCUUGGCCGAGCAGCCCUACAAUAGCCUGUUCACGCAACAGCAACGUGCAGACGAUUACACCAGCUAUCCUGAACCCCCGCAGAACGCCUUUGGAUCUGCUUCGCCAAUGGCCAUUGGUGUCACCUACCCGCCUAGCACAACAUCGAUGGGCUUUGAGCCGUCGCUCUUCGCCGAGACGCCGAACUACAUUCUCAACAGCCACACGUCUCCUGGUGUGUACCCAGAGGACGGUGAAAUGAGACUGUCGUCCUCUGGUCUGUCAUCUGGAUCUCUUCCCUCGGCGCCCUCCUCAGCAGCCGGUUCACCGCAGUCGAGCCACGGACACUUGGGUGCGACUGACUGGAUCGGUCACACGAUGAAUAUGCAACCCAGCAUUGUCGGAAGUGACUAUCUGACCGCUCCCGAGUAUUUCCACGGAUCCGGCGUGGAGGAUUUCGGCAGCUUUGACUUUGGCGGACAGGCAAAGUCUUUUGUUGAUCCUUCCCUCAUCCACCCGGAAAUAGCCCGUCCCCCGAUGCCCCUCUCGCCCUACGACGGCCACUUUCAACACGCGCAGCCACAUCAGUUUGUGCCUUCACCGUCACUGUCAUCAUCACCACAACCCAACCUGGUUCGACCUGACAGCACCUCACCGUUCCUCCACAGCGGCCCUUUUGGCCCCAGCUACACAAACAGCCCGUACGGUGCUCCCAUCGAUGCCAAUGGUCGCCGCGUGAGCAUGCACAACUUCAUUUCUCCCGUCGGCUCUGCAGACUUCAGCAGCGAUGAAACCAAGGAGAAACAGAGAUGCACCUAUCCCGAUUGCGGCAAGAUAUUCAAGGACUUGAAGGCGCACAUGCUCACUCACCAGAAUGAGCGACCCGAAAAGUGCCCAAUCCAGACCUGUGAAUAUCACAUCAAGGGCUUUGCCCGCAAAUACGACAAGAACCGCCACACCUUGACCCACUACAAGGGCACAAUGGUCUGCGGCUUCUGCCCUGGCUCCGGAUCUCCUGCCGAGAAGUCGUUCAAUCGGGCCGAUGUCUUCAAGAGACAUUUGACCGCGGUCCACGGUGUCGAACAGACGCCUCCAAACAGCCGCAAGAAGACGCCCGCCGGCGUCACCGCCGGAAAGAAACUCACUGGCUACGCGUCCGACGCCACUGGAAAGUGCAGCACGUGUUCGCAAACCUUCUCCAAUGCCCAGGAUUUCUACGAGCAUUUGGACGACUGUGUCCUCCGAAUUGUGCAGCAGGAAGAUCCCGCCGAGGUCAUCAAUGCACAGCGACUGGCCGAGGUUGAAAAUGACAAGACGGUCCACUUAACCUUGGAAAAGAACAACCUCCCAACGGUCACAUCCACCAUGCAGGCCUCCCAGAAUGAGGAUGAUGACGUCGAUCUGGACAUGGGUGAAGAAGAAGAGGCAGACGAUGCUUCCUCCAAAGCCAACUCGUCGCCCUCGAUCAAGAAGAAAGGCAACCCUGCCAGCGGUGUCCAAAAGUCGCGGGGUUUAACGCAUUCUCGAGGGGGUGUCCCGACGGCUACCAAGGCUCGUGGCCGCAAGAACCGCCGCGACUACCCAUCAUCAUGGGGCUUUGAUAAGGGCCAAAUGACGAUGCGAAAGCGCAUCAUGGCCGUCUUUGACGGCCCCCGCAGACUGGCCAAGGACGACAUGAUGCUCUCGACCGACCACGAGGUUCGCAUCAAACUAUCGGACGGCAAAUCAUACGUUACAGACCUCGAUGUCCAGACUCUCAAGCGCGCCGAGGGCUUCCUCGGUGCCACGGACGACGAGAAGGGACCUUGGAUUUCCGACGACCCCACCGAGGAACAACUAAAGGAAAUGCAAGAGAUGUUGAAGACGAGCAGUGCCCCCAUUUAA